ACGUCACUCACGGUUCAGAGUUGAAAGUCAAGGAAAGCAGAAGUAUGGCGUCUUUAGUGAGGUGCAGAGUGCUGGUUCAGCCUUUUCGAUCUCAAAUAAACAUUAUCAGCGGCGUGUUCAGAUCGGACAGUGUUUUGCAUACAUUUCUAAACAAGAGAGCGCAUUGUGCGCGUCACGCUUUCAACGGACGUGUCCGACUGUACAGCUCCGACGUUAAGUCUGGAGAUGACCUUAUCGUUAGAUACUUGGACGGUGAUGACUCAGGGAUUGUUGUUUUGGGGAUUAAUCGGCCUCAAGCUAAAAACGCCAUCAGCAAAAACCUUGUUACGAUGAUGUCAGAAGCUGUCGAGUCACUGAAGAUGGACAACCAAGUGCGUACUGUAAUAUUAUGCAGUAUGGUGCCUGGAAUAUUCUGUGCAGGCGCAGACUUAAAAGAAAGAGCAAAGAUGCAGCAGAGUGAAGUGGGACCAUUUGUUACUAAAGCAAGAACACUAAUAACAGAACUUGGUACUCUUCCCAUGCCAACGAUUGCAGCCAUUGACGGGGCAGCUCUUGGAGGAGGUCUUGAAAUGGCUCUUGCCUGUGACAUCAGAGUGGCAGCUAUCUCUGCUAAGAUGGGACUAGUUGAGACUAAAUUAGCCAUCAUCCCAGGCGCUGGGGGAACUCAACGUCUGCCACGAACUGUAGGAGUGUCUGUAGCUAAAGAGCUGAUUUUUGCGGCACGAGCGCUGAACGGUGACGAAGCCAAGAGUCUCGGCCUAGUGAAUCACGCUGUGGAGCAGAAUAAGAGUGGAGAUGCAGCGUAUCUGCGAGCUCUGGAUCUGGCCCGUGAAAUCAUCCCUCAGGGGCCAAUAGCAAUUAGAAUGGCAAAGCUAGCCAUCAACCAGGGAAUAGAGGUGGAUUUGAAGACCGGAUUAGCUAUUGAAGAGGCAUGUUAUGCUCAGGUGAUCCCAACCAAAGACAGGCUGGAAGGUUUGCAGGCAUUCAAAGAGAAGCGUCCUCCUCGCUUUAAGGGCGAGUAACAGUGGCCUGACCAGCCCAAUUACAAGCAGCUGCCUUCUGAAUCUCAUUGGCGAGUCUCGUUAAGAAUGUCGCAUACCUGAAAUUUUUGGAGCGCUGCCGGGCUCCUGGGGGCCCGAUGAUGGUAAGGGAUGGUAGGGAUUUGAGCUUAAAUGUUUGAAGAGUCUGAAAGAUGAAAGCUAUUGUGGAUCAACUUCUUUUUGCAUGCUGUGUCCUGUUGUUGUCAAUUUUGAACUUUUUUCCCUUUUGGUUGUAUGUUUGUUACUUAAUAUAAACAGUCUUUGAUUGUUAAAAUAAUAUAGUAUGCAUUACAAAUGAACACAAAAUGGAAAGUUUUACUAUAUAUAUACAUUAUACUCUUCUCUGAAGAGCAUGCAACCCAAACUAAAUCUGGUUGGGUAAGUUGAUUCCAGGAAUCAGCACUGAUGUUAUGCGUCAUGCGUCACGUAAACGUGCAUAAAUGUAAUCCGGUCAACACCCAUCCAGAUUUUGCCCUGAGGGUGAUGUUUUUAGAAAAAUUGUUGUAAUGAACAUUUGUAAUUUAUGCAAUAAAGCCUUAAAACGUAUCCCUA